AUGGGCAGGGAAUGUCGUCGAACAUUGAUGAACAGCGACACGGUAUCAAUCACUUGGCGCCCCUGCUUACAUUGCAGAAAAAUUGGGCAAAGGGAGAACACCACACAUUCCUCGCCUCGCACCUCGAUACCUACAAAGACGUGUGUCUUGUGUCUCGUGUCUUGUGUCUCAGCCACCCAAGCUCUCGAUAAAAUCAUCAACACUUACUUUGUCCGAUUCCACUGGUCGCUCCCUCACACAUCUCUUCCUGGAGAGCUGCCGACAGUUCGUUUCGAUCCCGAUGGCUUCGAGAUCCUCUCAGCUGAAGAAGCUGCUCACAAGGGCAAAGUUAUCGGAGCUAUGAAAAAGACAAUCUAUAAAUGGUACAAUCACCGAAACAAAGCCGCUCCCACUCUACCUCGAUCCAAGUCCGGCAACAAGGAUGAUCCCAUCGCCAUGCUUCUACGUAGAUUGCUCAGCAAUCCUUCCCCUCCUAAACGCCGUGCAGCCUGGGAAGCCUGGGGUAAAGAGAACUUUCAGUCCUUGAAAUCCGACUUCGACGCGAAGUUUGAAGCCACAAACGGGGUCGAGAAAAAUCGCGUCAAGGCGUGUAAUGAGUUCAAGCGACAAGAGUUCAAAAAACUUAGCGAGGACGAAAAGAAGAAAUGGUCGGAUCUUGUUCACCUUGAGUGGGAGGACGCAAAGCAGCUCCUCAAGGACCAGGAUUCGGUGCCCAAGCUGCUCGAUCCAGCCGACGCCCAGAAAGUUCUUGACACACUCCCAAGUAUUAUGGGCCCAUUGAUAGAAGGGGUGGGCGAGGCAAUUGGGAUGCAUGUUACAGUCCUUGUUGGGGGACCAGAGCCCAAGAGGCAGGGACAACUCAAUAGCUUCAGCAUGCACUAUGGGGUUGACAAGCAACCGGUCCCAAAAGUUUGGGGUCAUGCGGAUAAGGCGGGCUUCAAGCUUGUAACAAAUGCAUUCACCGCAUUUCUGGAAACUUGUUAUUCACCAGAAGAGCAACGGGUGCGCGCCAUGCUGAAAGAUUCCCCUCAAGAUGACCAAACACAUCCCACAAACUCACCGUCUGAUAGCUCUCAAGCGCCCCCCACUUCUGUCCAACCGCCCAGCCGCCCCAGCGCAUCGAAGUCCUCAGAGUCGGUGUUAAGCACACACGUUGGCGGAAAACAUAAGCGAAGCGUCAAAGCAAAAGAUGGGAAGGGAAAGAAGCAAAAGAAGCAAAAGAAGAAACGUGUGUUUGUGGUGUCCUACGAUGACAACGAGGACAACGAUGAGGAGGAGGAGGAGGAUGACGACGACGACAAAGAAAAUGCGGGCAACAAUAACAGGCUGAAAAGCCUCAAUCCGAACACGAUCACGCCAUUCGAAGAACCUUCAACUUUGACAGAUGGGCCAACGGUAGCCAUGCCUCAUCCUCCCGCUCAAUCAGCCCAGCUCGACCAAUUCCAGUUUGACCAAUCUGUGCCACGUUCGCCCCUCGCGCCUUCUGGUACACCAUUAUCUGGCCCAGUAGGAACCGCCAUUGGUACUCCUCAAUUAGCUCCUAAACCCCCACUUCCCCUUGAUCCCAGUUGGCCAGCCUGGUUUCAGAAGGCAUAUACCAACUUAUCGUUGACUUUUCUCAGUCCGGAACUCACGAGCGCCAUCCAGAUUUAUGUGGGUAUCAAAAAGGAAGCCGGCUUCAUGGUCGGGUCACCCAACGCCGGGUUCAAAGUCGACAACCGGCCGCCGGAGGUUGCUUUUUGGGUUGGCCGUGGUCGCAAGUCAGUGCCAUUGUUUGAGGCAGGUUGGUGGAAGUGGUGGAAGGGCCUCCAGCCGAAAUGGCGGUCCGCCGUCGAGGUAGAAGGUCCACUGACGGCCACGCACCGUGAAGUAACCGAUGGUGAGGGUGGCUGGGCAAGUGUUGAUAAACACGGGCAGAACGCGUUUUUAACUGUUCUGUCCUGCCUGGUAUGGUGGGGCACGGCCUUGAAUGGCCACCAGGGAGAGAGUGCAGCGUGGACGGCUGCAGUGGACAAUACUUUCCAUUCCUCCACUGAUUCCUACCGGAUUCCGCGGAUUCCGGCCGGAAUUGACAGGAAUCCGACUGGAAUAGACAGAAAUUUCAGUACAGAUCUAUACUUCUCGAUUCCCCCUACAAUUCCACUUUAG